UGGUGUUUAUGAGGCGGAAGUCCAAGCCAGCGGCCGAACACAACCUCCUGACGCGCCCCAGCCCCAGUCCCAGACCGUAGUAAACAAGAGAGCCAGCCUACGCCUCCCUGCCUCCUCCCUCUGAUAAAACAGGACCGAAUACGACGCAGCCAUUGCGCUCUCAAACCCUGAGAUGGUGUCCCCAAUGGAUGACCAGGACAAGCUGCUGGACGAGGCCAUGGGGGCAGUGCGGGGCCAGGCGUUCCAGAUGAAGCGCUGCCUGGACAAGGGGCGUCUCAUGGAUGGCCUCAAGCACGCCUCCAACAUGCUGGGGGAGCUGAGGACAUCACUGCUCUCCCCCAAGACUUACUAUGAGCUGUACAUGUGUAUUUGUGAUGAGCUGCGGCACCUGGAAAUGUACCUCAUUGACGAGUUCCAGAAGGGUCAGAGAGUAGCCGACCUCUACGAGCUGGUGCAGUACGCCGGCAAUAUUGUACCUCGGCUGUACCUGCUGAUCACGGUGGGUCUGGUUUACAUCAAGACCAACGACUCAUGCAAGCGGGACAUUCUGAAGGACCUGGUGGAGAUGUGUCGCGGCGUGCAGCACCCCCUGCGUGGCCUCUUCCUCAGGAACUACUUGCUUCAGUGCAGCCGCAACAUUCUGCCGGACGUGGAUGACCCCCAGUCAGGCUCCAACACUGAGGAUCAUCCAACAGGCACGAUAUCGGACAGCGUGGACUUUAUCCUGAUGAACUUUGCGGAGAUGAACAAGCUGUGGGUGAGGAUGCAGCACCAAGGACACUCGCGGGACAAGGAGAAGAGGGAGAAGGAGAGGCAGGAGCUGAGGAUCCUUGUGGGCACUAACCUGGUCCGCCUCUCGCAGCUGGAGUUUGUUGACGUGCAGAGAUACAAGAAGAUGGUGCUGCCGGGCAUCCUGGAGCAGGCCGUGAGCUGCCGCGACCCGCUGUCCCAAGAGUACCUCAUGGAGUGCAUCAUUCAGGUGUUCCCAGACGAGUUCCACCUGCAGACCCUCAGUGCGUUCCUCAAGGCCUGCGCUGAACUCCACUCCGAAGUCAACGUCAAAAACAUCAUCAUCUCGCUCAUCGACCGCCUCGCCAACUUUGCCCACCGGGAGGACGGCAGCGGCAUCCCCGAUGACAUCAAGCUCUUCGAAAUAUUCUCUGAGCAGGUGUCCCAAGUCAUCAAGUCUCGCCCAGACAUGCCCAUGGAGGACACUGUGAGCCUCCAGGUGUCCCUCGUUAACCUGGCCCAGAAGUGUUACCCCGACCAGAUUGACUACGUGGACAAGGUGCUCGAGAACACGCUUGAGGUCUUCCAGAAACUCAACAUCGAGAAGAUCCACUCAGGCUCAGCGCUGGGCCGGGAGCUGAGUCGGCUGCUGAGGCUCCCCGCUGACAACUACAACAACCUGCUGACUGUGUUGAAACUGCAGUGCUUCACACCGCUGCUCUCCCUCCUGGACUACAGUGGCAGGAAGGUGCUGGCCACUUACCUGGUGACCAACGCUGUCGAUAACGAGACGCUCGUCCCCACCCAGGAGCAGGUGGAUGCAGUGCUGUCCAUGGUGGCCUCGAUGAUUUGUGACCAGACAGACCAACCCCUAGUGGAGCCUGACCCUGAGGACCUGGCGGAGGAACAGGGGCUGCUGGCCAGAUUCAUCCAUCUGUUCAAGUCUUCAAGCAGCGACCAGCAGUACCUCAUCCUGACCACCGCCCGCAAGCACCUGGGCGCCGGGGGCAACAAGCGAGUGCUGUACACACUGCCGCCCCUUGUCUUCCAGGCCUACCAGCUGGCCUUCAAAUACCACCAGGAGAGGGAUGUGGAUGACAAGUGGAGCAAGAAGGUGCACAAAAUCUUCCAGUUCUGCCACCAGACCAUCACGGCGCUGGUCAAGGCCGAGUACGCUGAGCUGCCUCUCAGACUCUUCCUGCAGGGCGCCCUCGCCAUUGACAGGAUUGACUUUGAAAACCAUGAAACAGUCGCUUACGAGUUCAUGUCACAGGCCUUCUCCCUGUAUGAGGACGAGAUCAGUGACAGCAAGGCACAGCUGGCAGCUAUGACCCUCAUCAUGGGCACCUUCCAGCAGACCACCUGCUUCAGCGAGGAAAACCACGAGCCUCUGCGGACCCAGUGUGCUCUGGCAGCCUCCAAGCUGCUCAAGAAGCCUGACCAGGCACGUGGGGUGACCACCUGCUCUCACCUCUUCUGGUCAGCCCGCUCCCAGCUCAGCAACAAGGAGGAGCUUCAUGAUGAGAAGCGAGUCUUGGAGUGCCUAAAGAAAGCCGUUCGCAUUGCCAACCAGUGCAUGGAUCCCUCCACACAGAUCCAGCUCUUUGUGGAACUCCUCAACCACUACAUUUACUUCUAUGAGAAAGGCAACUCUCAGGUCACCGUGGCAAUGCUGAACCAGCUGAUCAGUAAAGUGAAGGAGGACCUGGCCAACCUGGAGACCACCGAGGAAACGGACCAGAUCUCUCGCCACCUGACCAACACACUCACCCACCUGCAGCUCCGGCAGCAGGAGCCUCCAAGUGAGGGCCCCAGCUACGAGGGACUCCAGCUGUGAGGGACACACCCAUCCCUGCUGCUGCGAGGGACACGCCCAUUCCUAAGUGUGUAGGGGGAGAGAUGAAUCUAUAUGGUAUGGAGAAUUUUGCAUUUCUACUUUACAUGUGGAGAAAUGACACACAACUUCAGGUGUGCCGGUGGUAAUUUUUGUAUAUACUUAUGAGUUUAUAACAUUGUCAUCCAAGAGUACUAGUGAUAACACACAUUAGGUCGCUGUCUGGCUGAAAUGUUAUAUUACUGUUAGCAGAGAAUUGUGCUGUACAUGACUGAUGUGUUUGAGAGACAUUAUUAAGUUUUUACACAAAUCUAAAUAUGAUUACACUUGUUUCAAAUUUGUUUUAAGUGUAGGGACCCAAAUAUUAUCAUUAUCAUCAUCAUCAUCAUGGAGUUUCCUACAUGCUGGGUAGUAGUUGCUAUAAAAACAGAUCCCAUUUGUACCUUUUUGCUGCCCAUCAUUUUCUUCCAAACCUCUGGAAUUUUCUUGUCCUGCACCAAGGAAUACUCUUGCAUUACCAGCAAAAAAAAAAGUGAGUGCCAUUAAUGGUAAGUGCUGCUCUGUUUCCUUGGUUAUUUAGCAGCAGUCUUUGCUGCCUGGCAGAAAGACAGUAAUCAAUCUCUGCAGUUCAUUCAUAGAAUUUGUUGUCAGGUGAUCAUAAUGGCCUUUACUGAACCCUUAUCAUGCUAAUCAUCCACCAGUGUCAGCUUUUGAGAUCAAAACUUUAUUAGCCAGUAGUACAUUUAUUACAAUUAGAGAUAAUUAUACUUAUGAAUUUGUAGUCCUUAUACAGAAAAAAAUAAUGAGUUAUUUACAGCAAACUUACAUUGACGAUGACAGAGAAUGAUUAAGAUGAACAUGAAAUGUAUUGUCUUAUUACAGAGGGUGACCAAACUAUUGACACACACACUGAGGCAGACUGCUUCCUCUCAGGGCUAGUUAUUGCAACACUGUCCCCUUUAGGAAUGUCUUGGAUAAAAGAGCAGCUGUUCAAGGGACGGCAUCCAUUUGAGCAGCCUCUAUAUGAUGAAUUUGUCAGCUCCGUCUGCCUCCAAGUUCCCUUCAGGAAUUCCCUUACAAUGGUGGCUGUGACUGUGCCAUCUCAUGGGUGGCCUCCCUCUUGCAUCUACUCCUUUAUUGACUCAUGAACUCUUCAACCACCUCAUCCUUGUCUUUCACACUUGUCCUACUUUAGACACCACUUGUUUUUUGAGUUCUCCAGGCAUGAGACCUUGGUGCUGUGUUGCUUAACUGAUGCCCCACUGUGAGAGGCCAAUAAUAUUCCCUCACAAAGGUUAUGUAUUAGCAGAAGGUGAUUCCAGCACCUCUUUGUCCUAAUCAGUGCAUUUUCUACAGAACCCUUCCCACACCCAGUUAGUUUUGUCUGUAUUGUGGGUCUUGAAAGAAUGGAUUAGCGGUGAUGAUGAUGACAGCAAUGGUUUUAUUUACAUAAUCUAAGCACUAUAAAGCAGUUACCUCACCCAUCCACCUCAUUGUAUCACAAUGCAAACAAACAUUAGUGUCGGCCCUCACAUAACCCACCACCCACUGAGCCAGGCAUGAAGGGCAGCUGUUUAAGGUUACAAAGUUUUGUUACUUGUUCUCUGCAAUAUGUCAUCCUGCCAGAUGUUAGAACAUCCUGGUUGGUGAGACAGGAACAGUGCAUCCUUAUGUUUUGUGCCCACAACAUGACGGCCUGGGCGGUGACAAACAAGUCAUGUUAACACUUCGCUGAGGCUCAGUAUGUCAGUUAUGAAUGAGAGCUUCAUGUGAUGUAUAUUGUUGGUUGCUGGUAUUGUACAGUUGCCAGUUUUUUGUUUACAUACAAACAUAUAUAACAAAAUAUAUCUAUAUCUGAA